UACUUCAAUUAUUGCUUGCAAUCCAGAUAGAUAGACCUAAAGAAAUUAAUUAAAAAUCGCUGUCCCACGGAUGAUAUAAAUUCCUUUAAGCUUUUAACGCAGAAUGUUGUACAAUUCGUCCCAGUAGAAAAAUCCAGUUGAAAAAAGAAAAGAAAAAUAAAUUUGAUAAUUGUUUAUGUAAGUACUCUCCGAAAUAGAAACAUAAAACACAGACGACAAAUAAAAAGAGAGAUUAUCAGUGCGUCCCAGUCCAUCGCAUGUCCGCUCCGUUCUGUAGUGAAGGAGGGCCUUUCAGACUGAAGCCUUUCCGAAGCGCCAACGGCCUACAGCUUGCUUUGUAUUUCCUUUAAAAUUCCCAGACACCCACGCAGGUUUAUAUUUGUUUCCACUGUUCUUUUUUUUAGAAAAACGACGAAAAGAAGCCCGGGUUGCAAAUCCGGUCAAUUUCGGAUUACAGCUAUCUGAAACACAAUUUAGUUUUAAUAAUCCUAUCCAAUGCGACGCGCCAAUAGAAUGUUUUCAAUGCAGAAAAAAGAUAAUUCUGGAAAAAAAUCCACAAAUAUACGAGGGUAUAAUGGGGGGUUUUCUUUGUUGUGAUGUUGGAGGAAAAAGGCGAAUUCUUGAGGGUGGCUGCUGUCAAGCGCUUUGCCGGCGUAAAGAUUGAUCACCCUCGCAGCCUCCCUACUCUUGCUCUAAAAAUAUCUACCCCCUUUUCCCAUUCGUUUUAGACUUUGACGCAACCAAUUUUCCUUAGUUUUUCAUCAAGUAACAUUAUAUCGUUGCUUUCUUUGUCCAAUCUGCAAUAGAACGUGUUCAAGUCAAUAUUCGCAAUUUCCAUUUGUAAAUGCGACCUCAUGACGAACUUUUGGUUGUCACAUCAACAAAUGUUUCACACACAAACACACCAUAUAAAACUCUUUCUCCUGCGGUAUUAUAGCCUAUGUCUUACACUUUUUAACUAAAAAGUAAAAUAAUAAUAGCCAAUAUAAAUAUAUUAUUAAUCGACAAUUCUCUAACCUGGAUUUCGUGCAAACUUACGCGCUUUAAGGUCCGAGGUUUCAGCAGUUCUUCAGAUUCUGCGUGAAAGAAAAGUAAACCCCAAAAUAAUUUAUUUGUGUGGCAAUGGUUGGGAAUCUCCUAUUCGGUAUAUGUGGCAGACAAUCUCAACAUCACUCCUGUACAUCCGUAUUUAUGUGUUUGAUAGAAUAGGCUAAGUAUUUCAAGAGCUACAUCUCUUGUCUGUUACUCUUGUCAAAAGUUUUAAGAUUAAUGGCCCUUGAUUGUAAAUUCUCAAGAAACCAUAUUGUGGAUGUGCUUAUCAGACAAGGCCUGUGAAUUACAUCACCGGUAGUUCUGCAUUUGGAAUGUUGUCGUCUAGCAUAAGAGCCCCUCACUUUACCUCUCACGACAAAACAGGGCUGUUCGAGCACAUGGCAAGUGGGAGCCUUUUUUAUUUUUUAUUUCUUCCAUGUUACUAUAAGAACUGGAGUAUAAUAUCUUGUUGUAUUUUUUAUCAAUUCAGACAAAUAUUGCUUUCUUUUGCCACCAGGCCCCGAAUUUCGAUUGGCUGAGAUGAGUCAUGUGACCAGGAAUUGGCUGCAAUUUCGCCCAUAGUCUUCAGUUUAGUAGACCCUGGUCCCCAUACGCUAGUAAUAUCACCAAUAUACACAAUUAUUAAAGCCCGCAAAUGCCGUCAUAGCAGGAACGCAAAAUAAAUCCUAGCUUUUUGGAUGUUAUUUUUUGCGUAUGUUGGUGUCGCUGGACGCCCUUUUUGCCCAGGCGAAGCGAUGAAUUUUGAAUUUGAGAGGGAGAUUGGGUUCAUCAACAGCCAGCCUUCCCUUGCAGAGUGCCUGACGUCUUUCCCCGCUGUCCUGGAGUCAUUUCAAACUUCAUCAAUCAAGGACUCGACAGCAAUUCCACCUCCUUUCGAGCACACCAUCCCAAGUCUGAGUCCCUGCACAGGCAACCAGGCGCGACCGAGGAGCCAAAAGCGAACUGCCUCCAAUGGCCUCCAGCUCCGGACACAAACAGCACCGUCGACGCAGCACCAGCAAGGCCCGGCCCCGCUGUCGGGUGGUACACCCCUGGCCCACGAGUUCCCCUGGAUGAAAGAGAAAAAAUCCUCGAAGAAGUGCCCCAAGCCCGGAGCCACUGCUGCUGCAGCAGCCUCCCCUUCUCAGGCAUCCUCCGGCUACACAACCGCGGGACUGGAGUCCCCGACAGAGGCUCUAGGUGGACUAGAUAAUGGCAGCGGUUCACGGAGGCUGAGGACCGCAUACACCAACACGCAGCUACUUGAAUUGGAGAAGGAGUUUCACUUUAACAAAUACCUCUGUCGGCCCCGGCGCGUUGAAAUAGCAGCACUUCUGGAUCUAACCGAGCGCCAAGUCAAAGUGUGGUUUCAAAAUCGACGCAUGAAGCACAAACGGCAAACUACGCACCACCGGGACGGGCAAGAAGGCGAGCCCAGCGGUUUCGAGCUCCUGGAGGGAACCGACGCUGCUUCACCCUAUUCGAGCCAAUCUGUGGAAAUAUCUGGUUCUGGCUCUGGUUCGGCCGCAGUCUCCGAGAGUGAGACGUGCCCGACAAAUGCCUCCUACACGAACAGUGCGGACAAAAGCCAGCCCACGCCUGAUGAUGGCCAGGCGAACCAGCCGGAGCCUGCAUCUGUUCCUGACACAGCGGUUCACUCCCCCCUGUAUCCAACGCCUACUGCAGAUAACCCCACUACAAUGACUGAGGGCCGAGCAGCUGGACCGGAGCAUUCGUUCACAGAGCCGCAGGAUGCCACCUCUCUGCCCGAUUUGAAUUUCUUUUCGACGGACUCCUGCCUACAGAUUUCGGACGCUUUAUCGCCGAGUUUGCAGAGCUCACUGGACAGUCCAGUUGACUUUUCCGAGGAAGAUUUUGACUUGUUUACGAGCACCCUUUGUACUAUAGAUUUGCAACAUUUACAGUUCUGAAAAAAUACAUCACAACGCAUACAAGAACAAUCGAGCUACAUCUUAUUGCAGGGUCGUGAAUGCUCCUCGACCGCAACAUUCCUAUAAUAUAACAGAAAAAAAGAGUAAAAAACAAUUACCUAUUUUUUUAAAAGAAAGAAAAACAAAAAAGGCGUAAAGCUAAGCCUACACGGAAAUAAAUUGUCCAUUAUUUUGAAAAUAAGAUGAUGUAAUCUUUUUUGAAUACACAUCGGGAAGGCCCCUGUCGAAGUUUCAGGUAUUUUAUUGCCUUUUGAUUCUCGGAUUUUAGUUUAUCUCGACUAACAGAUGAAUGGUUGCGGACUUUUUCAGUGAAACUCAAUCAUUGGAAUCUCAGGAAUUGUGUCAGACAUAAGGGUAGUUGAACUGCUUUUAGGAAUUCUCCCAAGGCGGGCGUUGUCCUUAUUGAAUAAUUUUAGAACUAGUUUAUUUAUUGAGAUUCUUUAAUAGUAAAUUUCAAAUUUAUUUAUUGUACGUUAUUUUCAUAGUUGAAAUAAUAAAAAUACAAUAAAAACACA